AUGGUUUUCGUCAAGUAUCUGCUGCCUGCUCUGGCCGCCACUCAGGUUGCUUUCGCUGCUAAGUGCGGUGACACCAAGAUCUCCUCGCAGAGCGAUGCCGAGGAAAUCGCCUCUUGCACCACCGUCAAGGGUGAUAUCACGGUCUCCUCCGACUUCUCCGGUGAACUGAGCCUCGCCAGCAUCGAGAAGAUUGAGGGUGACCUGACUGUCAACAACGUCACCCAGCUGACCUCCUUGACUGCCGAUUCGAUCUCCGAGAUCACCGGUAACUUCAAGCUGGUCAGCCUGACCACUCUCUCCAACCUGAACUUCGCCAAGCUCGCUUCUGUCGGCUCCCUGGAGUUCUCCGUCCUCCCCGCUCUGGAGUCCCUCUCCUUCGACACCGGUAUCACCAAGGCCGGCGAUGUUCACAUCCUUGACACCAAGCUCGGCUCCCUCGACGGUAUCACCCUCGAGACCGUUCAGGCUUUCGACAUCGAGAACAACCGCUACCUGAAGACCGUCAACGUCAACAACCUGAAGAACGCCACCGGCGAUAUCACCUUCGCUGCCAACUACGAUUCUCUCCAGAUUGAGCUGCCCAACCUCGGCGUCGGCAAGAACCUGACCUGCCGCAACAUCAGCAGCAUCUCCAUUCCUUCCCUGAAGACCCUCUCCGGUACUCUCGGCUUUUACGGCACUGACUUCAAGUCUUUCAUCGCCCCCAACUUGACCAGCACCGGUGACCUUGUCUUUAUGAACAACAAGAAGCUCUCCAACAUCAGCAUGGCUGCUCUGACCAAGGUCAACGGUGGUUUCCAGAUCUCCCGCAAUGACAAGCUGCAGGAGAUUGACCUCCCCAAGCUCAAGAAGGUUACUGGAGCUAUUGACUUCAGCGGUACCUUCAACACUGUCGAGUUCGGUUCCCUCGAGGAGGUCGCUGGUGGCUUCAACCUGCAGUCCACCGACGGCAAGUUCAACUGUGACACCUUUGACAAGAUGCGUGGCGAUGUCAUCCGUGGUACCUACAAGUGUGUCGCCAAGGAGGACAACCCCACCACCUCCAGCGGCAAGUCUGGCACUAGCUCCAGCUCUUCCGGCUCUUCCAGCUCCAGCACCUCCAGUGGUGCUGCUGUCGCCAAUGGUGCCUCCGUCGGCGCUGCCGGUGUUGCCGCCUUCUUCUACGCCAUCGCUCAGCUCGUCUAA